ACAAAACCAAACCAAAUUCCGUUAAUGGCCACUUUCUUCCAGCUCUUCUCCACCCUUCUCAUCCUCUUCCUCUCAACUUCUCCGUCGAUCGCCGGCAAAUGCAACAAAGAAGACGAAAAAGCUCUCAUUUCCAUCAAAUCCCACUUCAACAAUGCCUACCACUUCGCCUCCUGGACCAACACGAGCGCCUGCUGCGACUGGUACGGCGUUAAAUGCUCCCUUAACUCCGACCGUGUUUCCGACCUCUACGUUAUCCAAGACUCCUUGGUCGGCACCCUCCCAUCCACCAUUGGCGAUCUCCCCUUCCUCACCUCCCUCCGUUUCCACAAGCUCCCCAACCUCACCGGCUCCAUCCCAUCCUCCAUUACCAAGCUCCACAGCCUCUCCCUCCUCAUCCUCAGCUGGAACUCUCUCUCCGGCCCCAUUCCUUCAUUCCUCUCCUCCCUCACAUCCCUCACCGACCUUGACCUCUCCUUCAACCACUUCUCAGGCGAGAUCCCUCCUUCUCUCUCCUCUCUCCCUAUCCUCUCGGCUCUCCACCUUGACCGUAACAACUUCUCUGGAUCCAUCCCUUCCUCUUUCUCCUCCUUUAAGUCCUCACCAGAUCUUUAUCUCUUUCAUAACAACCUCUCCGGCGACACCUCCUUCUUGUUCUUUGCUUCCAGUCCUGUGACUACAAUUGAUUUGAACAGGAAUAAGUUGAGUUUUGAUCUCUCGUUGGUGAGUAGUUUUCCAGUGAAUAUCACUUAUCUGGACUUGAACCAUAAUAAGAUCUUUGGGAGCAUCCCAAACUCAAUUAAUGAGUUGACCGGACUAACCACGUUCAAUGUUAGUUACAACCGGCUUUGCGGCGAGAUCCCGUAGGGAGCGGUGACGGCGAAGUUUGAUGAGUUUUCUUACUUUCAUAAUAAGUGCCUCUGUGGACCUCCACUUCCUGUAUGCAAGUGAUGUGGCGAAUAAUUAGACGAAAGGUGAUGAAUAAGAUUCGGUGUAAGCUUUGCAUGGGAUCUAUUUAAGAAUAAGAUGUGGUGUAAGCUUCGCAUUGGAUCAAUUGAUUAAUAAUAUAAAAA